CAGUGCUGCCGCACUGCGCAGCUGCGCCCCUCGCCGCUGGACAGUCGGGGCCCGGUCCAGGUGCCAGGGUCAGUCCGGGGCGCCCCUCACACCGACCCGGAUCACACAGUGGUAGUGUCGGGCAGCAGGUGUCGGUGCCGAGCCAUCCAGUGUGACACGGCGCUGCGGAGGUGUCGGUGUGUCAGUCGGUGUCGGUGUCAGACGGUGUCAGACAGGAGGCGGCGGCGCGCUGACGGUUUCUAAAUCAGCCCGAGGGCAGGAGCGUAGUGCGGCGAGGUCACGAGCGUCGUUACGAGCGCCGAACCCUCGACAAUGAAGGUGGACGCGGCGUCGGUGUCCCUCCUGUUCGGCGACAUGCGCCGUCUGGACCAGGCUCUGGAGUCCCGCAGUCAGAGUUGUCACCCGCUCUGGAUCCUGGCGGACGGUCUGGUGUCCACGCUCAGAGGCAUCGCACAGGUGAUAUUCGUCAACAACCCUGUGAGCGGCGCACUGAUCCUGAUAGGCCUAUUCUGCAGCAACGUCUUCACGGGCGUGGCCGCCAUCGUCUCCGUCAUUGCAGCUCUGCUCUGCUCCAGGCUGUUUGACCAGCCGCAGGACGCGCUGCGCGCCGGCCUGACCUCGUUCAGCGCCUGCCUGGUGGGCACCGUCACCGUGGAACUGGUGCCGGCCCUCUACCACCGGCCCGUCACCGGCACACUCUUCUUCUGGAUCAUACUCAUGUCGGCACUCAGCGUCCUGGUGGGCUGCGGCCUGGGCAACAUCCUGGGCAAGUUCCAGCUGCCCGCCUUCACCCUGCCCUUCAACACGGUGACGGCCAUCCUGUUCCUGUGCCUGCACCCGCCGGAGGCGACAGAGGUGGCCGCGGCGCCAGCGAACGUCACCACUGACACCGUACUGUGGGACCAGGUGCUGCUGGGCUCGGUGUACAGCAUGGGCCAGGUGUACGCCGCCUACACCCUGGCCGGCAGCGCGCUCAUCUACCUGGGCUGUCUGCUGUGCUCGCCCGUGCUGACGGCCGCCUCCUACGUCGGGGCGCUCACCGGCACACUGCUCGGUGUGGCGUUCAGCGACCCGCCUUACGACAGCGUCUACAGCGGGGUGUGGGGCUACAACGGCAUCCUGGCCGCCGAGGCCAUCAUGUUCUUCAUGGUGCCGUCCGUCCGAUCGGUGCUGCUCGCUCUGCUGAACGCCGUCCUCGCCACCAUGAUUCAGGCCGCGCUGGCCGUCAGCUUGAAACAGGUCAACCUUCCCGUCUUUACGUUUCCGUUCGUGACUUCGACUCUGCUGCUGCUGGCCACCACCACGGCAGGCUCCGGCCUAACUCGUGUGAAGAAUCUUCGUUACCCGGAGCUGCACUUUCGCGAGAGGCCCCAGAAGAUGCGGCCAGAUGACGAAUCCUCGGCAACUCCGGAUCUGGACCGUGACUAGCACCAGUGGGCAGGCGCAUCACGGCUCACUUCGGCGCGGCGAAUCGACAGCCCACUCGCAGACGUGAUUGCCGGCAAGGUGUAAUUUGAAGCCAGCAAUCGGAAUGCAGCAGAAUGUGACUUGUAAACCCAUUCCAUUUCUGCGAAUCAAUAUUUGAAUGUGGCAUGGUUUUCCAUAACAUUUGUAAGUGUACCGAACAAUGUUUGAAAGAUCUUCGGCUUGACUGUGAAUGUUACUAUUGAAAUAUCGACGUGCAACCCAUUAGACGGUGUCUGAUCGAGCUAAUCAAUAGCGUACCCAACCCUCUCAGUACUAGCUGAAAGGGAUUGAAUGUUACAUGUUUAAUUUCUUCAUGCAAUGCGGUCACAUCGAUUGUAUAGAUCAUGGGAUGUUUAAUAUAUUUCAACUCCAAAAGGGUGUGGAGGUUGACAUUUGAAGUU